AUGAUCUCCCCGGGUCUUCAAACCCGCAUAAACUCCCUCUCAACAACCCACAAACAAACCACUCCCCUAAUCCAACGUUUACAAAACCUACCCGUAACCUCCGGCUCCGGCGACGAUGCACGUCUCGAGCUCGGUGCGGAAAUCCAUCUCCGCCUAAAGGAGAUGGAGGAGCAGAUGGAGUUGCUGCGCGUUGAGCUCGAGCAGUUGGAAACUACGCGGAAUCGGAAGAGGGAAAGUGGAGCAAGGGAAGCGGAGAGGGAGAGGGUGGUGGUUGUGAUUGGGAAGUUGGAGGAGGAUUUGAAGAGUGCUCGGAUACAAUUUCGCAAAGCACAGUUACAGGCGAAACGAAAUGCGGAGGCUGCACGGCGAAAAGAGAGACAACUGUUGUUUGCUGGGGUUGAGGGCGGAGAAGGCACGGAGCAUAUACGGCGAAAGGGCCGUGCUGGCCUUACGCAUGAUGCUUUGGUAGCCAGCGCUUCGGAGGAUGUUACUGCUGCGCUGAGGCGGACGCAUCAACUUAUGCAAACGGAGCUGUCCAGGAGCCAGUUUGCGCAGGACACUCUAGGUUUGAUCCCCCCCUCUUAA